CUUACACCUUUAAAUUUUUGUUUACAAACUUUCUUACUCAAAUGUUCACAUGACAAGGCUUAAGCACCAAUUGCUUAAUCCAUAAACUAAAACCCCUUUAGACUCGUGCUUGUUACAACAAAAAAUGUCCACCUUUUUUCUUUUUUUUUUCUUUUUCAUAAGAGUAAAAUGAAUUCGAUGUCCAAAAGAGCCAUCUUUCCAAGACACGAUUUUUACACUUCAAAACGGAUGGUACAAAAAAUCUCUCUUUCUCGCGAAGGCUCCUACUAACACACACCGUUUCUAGUUAAUUACUACACAACAUUAAAAACGCGCUUUUUCCCUUUCCUUCCCAUCCCUUUCCUCCACUGCACGCCACGUCACCAAGCCUCCCAACCCAGCACCAAAUCUUUAACAGAACCCGCCCCGUCGGAUUGUCCAGGUGCGUAAGCUUCAACGGUUUAGAUUAUCACAAAGUCGUCGACAGCUGGACCCACCAAAUAUGGGGCCCACGAUCCCUCCUUUUUGGUAAUUCUUCACCAUUUUCGACGUGGGGGGAACGAAAUUGGGAAUUUUGGCUGCACACCCUCACCAAACUGUACGUAAAACGUCAAGUCCCACUCAAAUAUAUAUGACACACACCACACACUCCUCCACACUCUGCCUCUCUCCGUACACUCACACUCUCUCUCUCUCUCUCUCUCUCUCUCUCUCUCUCUCUCUCUCAUGGCGGACACAGACAGGGGAACGCUUAAGAGGCCUGGAGACGAAGCUUUGGAGGAGAAGGCGGUGAAGAGGCAGCGAGAUCUGGAGGUGGAAGGAGAUCAAAACGACGACAUUUUGACUCUGCUGUUCAACGAACCCGACGAGACGCUCGACGAGGUGAUGAAGCUUCUGGACGCGGCGGACAACGGUGCUAGUUGUACUACUGGCGCGAAGGUGAGGUUCGUCAACGACCCGUACUCGCCGUCAUCGUAUUUCACCGUCAACGGCAACGAGGAGAGCUGCGGGUCGUCGUUCUCGGAGCUGGAGUCGACGUGCAUGGUGGGCGUCGACAUAUGCGGUGGCGGGCUAGGCAUUGGAGCGGAGGUUAUGGGCUUGGAGUUUGAUAUGUGGUUGAUGGAGGAGGCGAAGGAGGAGAACGGCGGCGCGUGUGGUGUAAUCGAGGAGGAGGCGCGUGGUGGAGGGUGGGACAUGGAGGCAGAGUGGGAUGAUGCUGCGCUGGCGAGGUUCAUCGGGGAAGACCUAUUUUGACCUCUCUCUCGCAGUCCCUGAGUCUCUGUGUGUUGUUUGUUGUCUGUCAACAACCUGGGGCUGGGGGGUAUAGAAAUGAAUUUUGGUGGGUUUAGGAAGAAAUGGGUGUUUUUAUGAAAGGCGGCAUGGCCAGUGGGGUAGGUGAGUAAUCUUCUGCAGGAAGCUAGCUACAGAGAUGUGAAUAGGAUAUUAUUAGGAUUGUCAAUUAGCAAUUUAGGGGGUACACAGAGAAAAAAGAAAAGAAAAGGUGAAAUGUUCAUUUUGGGUAUUGCGUGUGCAUGUGGCCGUCUGGUAGUACUAGUACGUACAGUACUGAGUCACUGACUGCAAAAAGAAAAAUACAGAGUUUUAUUGAAAAAAUA